GUUCGCGCAAGCCUGGGUCUUCGCAUGCGCAUUCAGGGGGAUUCAUAGUUUAUACGUCGACUUUUCGCUUGGAUUGCGUAGUGUCACGUAUAUUUUGUUUAUUCCCCUCACCUUCGUUUCGACCCCAAUUUUCACCACCGUUUCCGUGGCUCAUACUAGUUGGCCGUACAAGCGAGUGUUCCCAACCAAAAUACGACCGGGGUUUGUGAACAGGUGUACAAGUGUGCCCGAGAGACCUGACGCAACCGACCGCCUUCCCUUCGUCACCCAACUGGCGUUAAUUGGCCCAUCGGACCCUGUGGACGGCGAAGAACUUACAUCAGCAGCGACAAGGGGAUCCGAGAACAGGGCGCUGUUUACCCAUUCGCCGUAAGAAGAUCGUGUAGAGUUUGAUUCUGAGGAAAAGCGAUCAAAAGGAUACAGUUGAGGCGACCUCCCUUUAAGACUCGUAGAUUUACUAGAGGGCCGAGAAAGAGACAGUAUAAGUAGUAGCUCGCGGGAGGAAAAGUGAGAAGAAAGUGCCAAGAGAAGCGCUCGAUAAGACCGCUACAUUGCAUUUUUUCCCAAGUUGAGCGGAAAAAAGACGCUCAUUGUGGCGAGUCCACAGUUAUUCGAAGAGUCCUCGAUCCUGCCAAGCGUAGAGCAUUGAGGAAGGUCUCAGUGCCUCGAGUGAGUGCCAGCGGGAGCUUAAGCAUACUCACCGAACUCUUACGCAUUCUCUAGCAUUUUCUUUCUUCUCUCCGGAGCGUAUUUUUCUCAUUCUGAGAAGAACAAGGUUCCAAUCAACAAAAAGGAUUAUAAAAAAAUAACGAGGCCGCUAACCUAUCCUCAUUGUUUGAAUACCAGCGACGUAAAAAGAAAAAAAAAAACUCACAAUCAGCCCCUGAGUGACUCACCGCUAACCGUUGACAGUAGGAAAUUACAUCGCUGCAGAAUAGCAAAAAAUAUACAAUAAUUUCCUAAUUCGCGUUACUUCGGACCUACUCUCAUCGUCUCCGUUACAACGUACCGGAUCUGACGUAUGAAGUUCACCGGAGGUUCAGACGGUGUGACGUCAUAAGAUUGCAUCAUAUAUCGGGAAUUUUAGUGCAUUAUCGUACACUACGAGAACUCUUCCUUAGCUUGCUGGUAUUCAGUUUUUUUCAGCGUCUUCUGAAAAUAAUCGUAUUUACAAAAUAUAACAUACUUUCGAAAGAUUAACGAUCAUUAUAUAAAAGUUUGUGAGCAACAAUCGUACACAAAAGCCUACGGGGAAAGUUCUUCAUCUUCCACAAACGUCGGCGAUCACGAGGCAAGUGAAUGAAAUUCCCCGGCAUGCUGGUUGUGACGUCAUCUUGAAGUCUUUGCUGCGAUUGGUCGAGCGGAGGGCUGGGUCGGUGCGCGCCACGCCCCCCCACACAUAUAUAGAGCCGGCGUCUCCGCAGCGCAGCAUUGCGGAAUUCCCAUCCAUCCACACUAGGCAAGGUACCUCGGUGUGGCCAUCCAAACCAUCUCUGCAACUUUACGAUAGAAAUGGCUCUCCAGACAUCUAAUCGUCGGCUUCAUGCGGGUCAGAACUUUCUUAGUUCAUAGCAAUACGCCCCCGCAACAGCCUAAAAAGAGUACAAGAAGUUGCUAAACAUCAUCUACAAGUAGCUUCAGCUUCCAAGCUUUUGUUUACUUUUUUGUAAGUAGAACCGAAAGCAGUGAUACCAGUCUUUGCUAGUCACAACUUCAUCGUCUACAUUGCAUCUACCUACAUCAGCAACGAGCGAAAGCAAUAACUACCCGUCCAUAACAAGCAUCACAAGAGUACAACUCGAGGCCUUUGUCUGCAGCAGCACAACCGGCACAGCACAAAAGAGACGGUGAGGAAGAAAGAAGAAAAGAAAAAAAUCCAAUCCAAGAUGGUCGAGGAAGACUUCGUGGUCCUUGCGAAGGACCGGAAAUUCCUGCCGUACUACAGCGACUCGCAGAAGGAGUGGAAGGAGCCGUUCUUCUUCAUCCAGGCCGCCGACACGCAGUUCGGGAUGCAGGAGAAGUACGUGGAGGGCAAGAGCGGCGACUACGGCUGGGAGCAGGAGAUGGCGUGGUGCCGCCAGAUGAUCGCCGACGUGAACGCCAUGUGGCCCAAGCCCAAGUUCCUGGUGGUCUGCGGCGACAUCCUGGACGCCAUGCCGGACAGCGAGCCCGAGGCGCGCCGCCGCCAGGAGGUGGACUUCAAGCGCGUCUUCGCCGGACUGGACAUCCCCCUGGUGUGCGUGUGCGGCAAUCAUGAUGUCGGCAACACACCCACGCCCUCCACCGUGGCCCAGUGGCAGACCUCCUUCGGCGACGACUACUUCAGCUUCUGGUGCGGAGGCGUGUUCUUCAUCGUCCUCAACUCCCAGUACUACGAGGACUCAUCGCAGGCGGAGGCGCUGGCGGCCGAGCAGGAGCGCUGGCUCGAGGAGCAGCUAGAGGUGGUGAGGCGAGAGAAGCCCCAGCACGCCGUGGUAUUCCAGCACAUCCCGUGGUUCCUGCGCACCCCCGAGGAGGAGAAGGAGUACUUCAACAUGGAGAUCGGCCUCCGCUCCGCCAUGCUGGAGAAGUUCCACUCUGCUGGCGUCAGGUACAUCUUCUGCGGCCACUACCACCGCAACGCCGGCGGAUUCUACAAGGACCUGGAAGAGGUCGUCACGUCCGCCGUCGGGGCCCAGCUGGGCGACGCCGGCCACGGCUACCGCCUGGUCCGCGUCCUCGAGGACCGCCUCAGCCACCACUACUACCGCCUCGGCACAGCGCCCACGCACAUCCACCUGCCGAAGCCCUACAAGUCGGAGCCCGUCAGCAAGGGCCUGGCCAGGACCUGGUCCUUCAGCCAGGCCGCCGACGCCGUCUCCAGGGGCUGGUCUAUCGGCCUGUAGACGCUCCUGCUGGGGCUGCCCUGCUGGUGCUUUUCUGCCGGCAUCGCAAGCUCCGUGCUCUGUGAUGACUGUGCUAUUGUGUUCAUCACCAUUGCCAUCAUCAUACUCAUUCACUUCACUCAUUUCUCUAUAUAUCUUCACCCUCAUUUGUUUCACGCUCACGAAUCCUAUAAUGAUUUGUUGAUAGUUUGAAGUGAAAUGUUAUACUUUGUUAUAUGAUAUUUUCGUAUUUGAUCUAAAUAUAUGCACACAAAAGAUAAAAAGAGAGUGUGGUUAAUAAAUCUAUUUUGACUUUUUCA